AAUCUAAAUUGAAAUCUAAAAUGUUAUCUUUCCUAGUCCCUAACUGUUAGAGUUGAAACAGUUCGCACUCCAUAUCUUUGUGCAUAUCUUUGUUCGGAGCAUAGCUAUCAUCUACAGCAAUGAAAAACACCAUAAAGCAGAAAAAGUGAAUAAAUAUUGAAACAUCUUGUCAUAUCUGUGCACAUAUUUGGGGACCUCUCCUCCCCCUGCUGCUGCUUUGCUCCACCUCCUGCCAUAUCUAUAGCUUGCAGUUUGGCUCAUUUGUGUUGCAAAGCACCCUGCAGGAAAGCCAGCAGCAGGAGAACUUAGAUUUUUAACUGAUGGCCAUAAAGCUGGGACACAAAGGAACAGCGAGUGAGGCUGUUAGACCAAGUAAGCUUAACUGGAAGAGGAGCGGAACAAGCGAGACAACCUUUGGACAAAAACAUGAGCAAUUUGUUCAUUCUUCAUUUAUCCAUCUAAUAAGCUUGACCGCAAGAGGAGCAUUAAGAAGUACAACACUGUCCUGGAAAUAGUAAAUGGAGUUAAAAAGAACAAAUCCAGCCAUAAAGACGGUGCUACACAUUGAGAGUCAGGGGGGUAACCUCAUCUAACAUCUGGGAGGAUAGCAGUUAUGAAGGAGCAAAAGCCUAAAGGAGGCAAGAGGGCACCUGAAGGCCCAAACGCUCCUGAAGGAGGGUGGGGCUGGAUGGUUGUCGCAGGUUGUUUCCUUGCUACCAUCUGCAUCCGGGCAGUGACCAGAUGUGUGUCCAUGUUCUUUGUGGAGUUCCAGAUGCACUUUGAGAAGGAUUAUUCCACAACUGCUUGGAUCCACAGUCUGAUUGACUCCACAACUAUGCUUUGUGCUCCUCUUGGCAGUUUCCUUGGUAACCGCCUCUCCUGCAGAGUGACGGUCAUGCUGGGAGGUCUGUUGUCUUCUGCUGGCCUGGUCCUCAGCUCGUUUGCCUCCAGUGUUGAGUUCCUCUACAUUUCUCUGGGUGUCAUCACAGGGCUUGGCUUUGCUCUUAGUUUCACACCAGCCAUAGCAAUAGUUGGGAAAUACUUUGUUGAGAGGAAAGCUUUGGCUUAUGGCAUCGCCUUGUCUGGCAGUGGCAUCGGGACCUUCCUCCUGGCUCCAGCGGUUCAGUUGCUUAUAGAGCAUUACUCAUGGAGAGGAGCUCUGCUCAUCCUUGGGGGAAUUGUUUCCAACUUGUGCGUUUGUGGAGCUCUGAUGAGACCCUUAGAAGACAUGGAAGUUCAAAAGUUCUGGAUGGACGAUAUGACAAAUCUGGAGAACGCUCUUGAAACUGAAGUCAGUGAUCACAUGAAACCAAAGCAGCAGAACAAAGAGGGCUUCAAAGACACCCAGACGCUUGUUUUUGCUACAGAAACAUUUCAAAGCAUUGGAUUUGACAAAGACAGACUUCAAGAAAACAGAACACUGUUACAGGCAAUACUGAAUGAUCCAACAUUAGCAGAGUCCAAGUUAGCUGAAUGCAUUUUGCUUAGUAACAAACUAAAAGCAACUGUUCUGGAAGACACCAAAGAAUCUAUUAAGAGCAGUGAGAGCUUGAAACUGCUGGAACAGUUGGAGAACAUGAAUUCAAAAACUUCAUCAGCAAACAAGAACAACAAGACUAAAGACUCCGGAUGCAAUGAAGCAAGGCCGACAUAUCGCAUGGAUAAAAUCCUCCACACAGAACCCUUAAUAAGAACAAAACCUUCAUCCAGAUGCCAGAAUUUCUGUCUUAAAACCAGGGAGUACUUUGGCUUCAUUUUGAUACCCAGUUUUCUCAUCCUAUCAGUAUCGUUUUUGUUUCUGGCAUAUGGCUGCAGCUCCCCGGUUGUUUAUUUGGUUCCUUAUGCACUUAGUGUUGGGGUGGACCAUCAGCAUGCUGCUUUCUUAAUGUCCACAUUUGGAGUCAGUGGCAUUGUUGGCAACAUCACCUUUGGAUGGAUCACAGACAGGAAGUGCCUGAAGAAGUAUCGAAUGGCAUGCUACAUGGUGGCUAUUGCCAUGGAAGGCCUUUGCUGUAUGUUCUUUCCCUUUCUCCACUCCUUUUCACUCCUGGUUCUGUUAUCUUCACUUUACGGGUACUUUGAUGGGGCCUAUGUGGCGCUAAUGCCGGUUGUAACCUCUGAUACUGUGGGCUCCAGCUACCUCACCUCUGCUCUUGGUGUGGUCUACUUCCUGCAUGGCAUCCCGUACCUACUCAGCCCACCAAUUGGAGGUUGGCUAGUAGACCAGACGGGAACCUACAUGACAACCUUCUUCCUCAGUGGUGCUUCCUUCAUGCUCAGCUCCUCAGUCCUGGCAGCUGCCGUUUUUUUCAGAUAUGUGCUAAAGAUGUGUGAAAGGACAAAUGGUAAAAAGCAGUGCACACCCCCAGUCAAUGUAUCUGACUUUCUAUCUUUCUUUCCAAAAAGAAAGAAAUAAACAGAUUUAAAGCUUGUUGACAUUUUUGCAAGUGUGCCCUAUUUCACUAUACAGUCACAACACAAGGUGCAAUUCAGGGAAACAAAGGAGCAUUAAGCGCACAUUGUGUUAGUAUUUCUACAUUAUUAGUUUGAGGUUGGAAGCAGUUGUUGUUGUUUUUUAUAGUUCCAAAGUGAAAUAGUACAAUUUUACAAAAGAAAUAAACUUACAGGGCUACAUGGUGGUGUAGUAGUUAGCCCUCCACCUCACAGCAGGAAGGCCCCAGUUCAAAGCUCAACUGACACAUUUCUGUGUGGAGUUUUCAUGGUCUUCUUGUCAUGUAUUCCCCAGCUUCCUUCUACAUGCAGUUCAUAAAACCUGCUUCAUGAGUUGACUGGUUUCUCUAAAUUGUCCCUUUAUGUGAAUUUGGGUCUGUGUAUGUGUGUCUGUCCAUCCUGGUCCAGGAUGCCCCCCCCCUCACCCGACAGUAACUGGGAUAGGCCCCAGCAACACCCUAACCCCAAAGGGAUUGAAAAGUUUGGGAAAGCAGAUGGAUAAAAAAUGUAUAGUUUGUUCUCUGUGUGUUUUUAAAUAAAUAAUCUUGUAAAAUCUA